AAGAAGAGGAGGGGGUUUUGCAGAGGAGGAGCAAGAAGUGGGUUUUCUGGCCUUCCGCUGCUGUCCUCGAGCUCCAUUUUGACAAAUCUGGCCUAGGAUGGAAUCCAGCGGUACCAAGGAUGGCCUCAACAAGGCGCCAAUUCUUCAGAGACUCCCAAUGUCGAGGCCUCAUGGGUCUGGCACAAAAGGGAACCAAAUACGGCUUCGUACAAACCACUUCAAAGUCUCAGUUCACAGGACUGAUGUCAUCUUCUACCACUACAAUGUGAGUGUGAAGUAUGAAGAUGAUAAACCAGUUGAAUCGAAAGGGGUAAGUAGAACAGUGAUCGAAAAGUUGCAGGAAAUCUAUCUGGCAAAUGUGGACUUUGUUUACGACGGUGAAAACAACCUAUACACAAUGUGUGCCCUUCAGAAUGUCGAGGAUGCGUUCAUGGUAGUAGUGGAGGAUGGUUCAUCUACAAAGACCCCUGGAGGAAAUGGAAGUCCAGAAGGAAGUGACACAAAAAGAAUGAAGCGGCCCAUGACUUGUAAGACGUACAAAGUGGAAUUGAAAUCAGUGGGAGAAUUUUGUAAAGAAAAAAAAUCAGUGGGAGAAAUCCCAUUGAGUGCCAUUGACAAAGUCCUGAGAGGUCAAGAAUCUGAUGAUUGUCAGGAAGCCCUUCGGGUUCUUGACAUCAUACUUAGGCAAAAGUCAGCGAAACAGGGUUGCCUUCUAGUUAGGCAAUCCUUCUUCCAUAGCCCUUCCGAGCCCAUUAAGUUGGGUGGUGGUGUUGUGCGAUGUCCAGGAUAUCAUUCCAGCUUUCGACCCACUCAAUCUGGACUUUCACUCAACAUCGAUGUGUCUACGACUAUGAUUGUGGAACCUGGGCCUGUCAUUAAUUUUAUACUGUCCAACCAGUAUAUCAAGGACCCUAGCAGAAUUGACUGGGGCAAAGCAAAGCAUGCAUUGAGGAAUUUGAGGAUCAAAACCACUCACACUAACUCUGAAUUCAAGAUUUCCAGCCUGAGUGAGAAGUCUUGCUAUGAACAGAAGUUCCUGUUGAAGCAAAGAAACGGCAAUGGACCCGAUGUCGUGGAAAUAACGGUCUAUGAUUACUACUUGAAGCAUUGGGAUAUAAGACUGCAGGAUUCUGCUAUUUUUCCCUGCUUGGUUGUUGGGAAGCCCAAGCGUCCGACAUAUCUACCGAUAGAGCUUUGCCAUCUAGUGUCACUGCAAAGGUACACAAAGGCUCUGACUGUACUACAGCGGUCCUCGCUGGUCCAAAGUUCGCGGAAGAACCCUAGAGAAAGGAAGUCAGAUUUGUCUAGUGCACUGCAACGCAUUAACUAUAAUUCGGAUGACAUACUGAAGAAGUGUGGCAUUUCAAUAGCUCCAGAGUUUGCUCAAGUUGACGGUAGAAUCCUUCAAGCGCCAAAGCUAAAAGCUGGGGAUGGUCAAGAUCUUAUUGCACGUGAUGGGAGGUGGAACUUCAUGAACAGGAAGCUCUUUGAGGCCAAGGGAGUGCACACAUGGGCUGCAGUUAAUUUUACGACAAGGUGGAAGCUUCAGGAUCUUGUUCGGAGGCUCAUUCACUGUGGUGACAACAAGGGCAUUAACAUUUCACCUCCUCAAUCUAUAUUUGAGGAGAGGCUUCAAGGGAAUGAAUCUGCGGCUAGUAGAGUCGAUGCUAUGUUAGAGCAGAUUAGAAAGAAGAUAGAAAAGCCCCCAACUUUCCUGCUGUGUGUUCUACCAGAUAAGAACAGUGACAUUUAUGGGCCAUGGAAGCGAAAAUGCCUUGUGGAAUAUGGUAUUGUGACGCAAUGUUUGGCGCCUAAAAAACUCGAUGAUCAGUACCUCACAAAUGUGCUGCUGAAGAUAAAUGCCAAGCUUGGUGGGUUGAAUUCACUUUUGGAAAUUGAAAGAAACCAGGCCAUUCCUAUUGUGUCGAGGGUUCCUACCAUUAUCUUUGGUAUGGAUGUUUCGCAUGGUGCACCACGGUCGAAUGUACCAUCCAUUGCUGCGGUUGUUAGUUCCUUGGGUUGGCCUUGCAUCUCCAGAUACAGAGCUUCCGUGUGCACUCUAUCACCCAGGGUGGAGAUUAUUGAUUCCCUGUUCAAGCCUCAGGGAAACGAAGACCGUGGCCUCAUAAGUGAGUUAUUAUUUGAUUUCUACCUUAGCUCUGGUAAGCAAAGACCAGAACAAGUCAUCAUUUUCAGGGAUGGAGUUAGUGAGGGCGAGUUUAAGCAUGUUCUGAACAUUGAGCUGGCACAGAUCAUUGAGGCAUGCAAAUUUCUGAAUAACAGUGGAGAUACCUGGCUCCCCAAGUUCACAGUGAUUGUUGCGCAGAAGAACCAUCACACAAGGUUUUUCAGAGAUGGCAAUAAUGAUACGGCUAAUGUCCCUGCUGGUACUGUUGUGGACACGGGAAUCUGCCACCCCAGAUACUAUGAUUUCUACAUGUGUGCUCACGCCGGCAGGAUUGGGACAACAAGGCCAGCGCAUUACCAAGUGCUGCACGAUGAGAUCGGCUUCUCUCCCGAUGCUCUGCAGGAGCUCAUCCACUGCCUCUCCUAUGUGUACCAGAGGAGCACCUCAGCCAUAUCAGUCGUUGCUCCGGUGUACUACGCGCACCUCGCGGCUGCGCAGGUGCGGCAGUUCGUCAGGUUCGAUGACGCGUCAGAGACGGCGUCGUCGGCCAGUGGCGGCCAGGCGUCGUCAGCCAGUGGCGGCCAAGCGCAGCCGGUUCCGGAGCUGCCUCGGCUGCAUAAGAAUGUCAAGUCUUCCAUGUUCUUCUGCUGAGUUCAGCAGCGCAGUGGGGCCGAUGUUGAUGAUUCGGGGUGCUUAUUGGACUGGGAGUCUCGGACACAUUCUGGUCGAAAUAAUGUGCUUUUUGCCUUUGGACCUAGCUGCUACUACUAUUAUGUCUACCCCAUCUAUUUAUUUUAUUAGAGACCUUUUACUGGUUGAAA